UGUGAGGGGCGUGGUUUGAGGCCCCGCCUUCUCGUGCUCCUGUGACACAGAACCCCGGACCGGGAGAACAUACCAGAGUUAGGUUGCCAACCGCCAAUAUACACCAAAGAAGAAGAAGAAGAGAACAUACCAGAAGAAACCCGACCAUCACACAGAGCCAUGCAUCCAGCAGCUGCUAAGUGGUACGACAGACGAGACUGUGUCUUCAUUGAGUUUUUGGUGGAGGACAGCAAGGAUGUGAAUGUAAAUUUUGAAAAGUCCAAAUUUGGUUUCAGCUGUCUCAGUGGGAUGGAUAACAUGAAGUACUCAAAUGAAAUUGACCUUUUUGAGUCCAUCGAUCAAGAUGGGUCCAAACACAGGCGUACAGACCGGUCGAUCUUGUGCUUUUUACGGAAAGCAGAGUCAGGGAAAUCCUGGCCCAGGUUAACAAAAGACAAAGCAAAGCUCAACUGGCUUAGUGUUGACUUCAAUAACUGGAAAGACUGGGAGGAUGAUUCAGAUGAAGAUUUGUCCAACUAUGAUCGCUUUUCAGAUAUGAUGGGCAACAUGGGAGGAGAGGAUGAUUUACCUGACCUAGACGGAGCAGAUGAUGAAUCAGCUGAUAGUGAUGAUGAAAAAAUGCCAGAUCAGGAAUAAGCGACUGGCAUGUUGUGGACAGACAGAGGAGGAGAGGGGGGUGACAUAAUGAAAAGAGGAAGCUGUCACCUAAAUGCUACAUGAUCUGAAAGAGAGCAAAGCAGAAUUCGGUGAGACCGUUGAGUUCAUGAGCAUCUCCUCUGUCUACUCAGUGGCUGCACUCCAGAAGAUCAUCGUAAACCUCUGUUGAGAGUUCAUAUGCAUAUUGUUGUACAGAGCUUCGUUGUCCCUCUCCUUAUGAGCAGUCCUGGCUUUUUUGUUUUUUUUUAAUCUGUACUAAAAACAUGUAUACUUAAACUGUUUGGAAAAACUGCACUGUAUUCAUAUUUUUUCAACCGAAAAGCAAUAGAUGUGAUGGAAAUUUUCUUUUUUUUAUUGUAAGGCAUUGAAAUUAAAAUGAAAAGUGAAACUUUGCAGAGUUGGAGAGACUUGGUGUCUUGCAAAAUCUGUGUAGCUUACAAUCUUGUGAUUUAAAGCGUAAGAAUGAUUAUGGAUUUUGGAAACUAUAAGAAACUGUUAUUAGACACAAGACUCACCUCCUAAUAUACUUCUCUUCAUAUGUCUCUUGAGGUGGUACCAGGUUUGUUGGUUGUUGAUAUUUUCUGACUCUCCAAAAUUUCUUCAAAGUCUUAUAUUAGCACUGUAUUUCGUAUUGGACCAUUAAUGUCUUUCAUAUUGUGACUGCAGUAUGAUAUGUGAUGCCUUUAAAUGUAAAAGAUGGGAAAACAGAAAGGUAUUGUAUGUUUCCAAUUGAGUCUAAAACAAAAAAGACCAUAUAAGUUUGCACUAACAAAAUUAGGUGUCAAACAGGGAUACAUUUUGUGCACAUUGCAGGUUGACUCUUAUCAAUGUUUCCAAAAGAAAAAAAAAAGCUUUCAAUUUUGUCUACAUAUUUCUAAUAAACUGCUCAAAGCUUA